CCCCUUGGCCCUGAAUCCGAUCCUUUUCAUUUUCAAGACGUCUCUCUUCUUCGCGCGUAGUUUCCUCCUGAGUCCUGCCCGCCUCUUCGGUCUUCUCCUCAGUUUUUUCCUCCUUUUUCUUUUAAAGGCUCUGCUUUUCUCUCCUCUCUUCCUCCAUUCACUCCACACAUCUCUGUUAGGCCCAUACACCCUCUCUCUCUCCCCGACAUAAACACAAACACAAACACAAACACAAACACAAACACGUAAAAGGGACAGACGAACGCAGAGCAAUGGACUCCUCUGCAACCAUGGCCAUGAGAUCCUCUUCUUCUUCCUUCUUCUCUACAAGCCCAAACCCUAACGCUAAUUACAAAUCUCUCCCUUUCAAUUUACGCCUCCAUUUCCACAGACCCCAAUCUUCCUUGUUGUUCUACAAGUCCCUCAAAUGCAUUCAGUCUCCACCACCGGACUCGAACCCUGUGAAACCCAAUCAACCACGAAACCCUAGCUCCCCGUUCGCCUGCUCCGCCGUUACCUUCUCUCCCUCGCAGACCUCCCACCUCGUCUCCUCGAAGCUCCGUUCCCUCGUCUCUGAGUUCCAGUCCCUCUCCGAGCCCAUCGACCGCGUCAAGCGCUUGCUCCACUACGCGACAAUCCUCCCUCCGAUGGACGACGCGGCCCGGGUCGACUCCAACCGGGUCAUGGGCUGCACGGCCCGGGUCUGGCUCCAGGCCCGAUUGGACCAGAACGGGAAGGUACGGUUCGUCGCCGAUAGUGAUUCUGAGAUCACAAAGGGGUUCUGCUCGUGCCUGGUUUGGGUUCUCGACGGUGCGGCCCCGGAGGAGGUGAUGAAGGUGACGACCGAGGAUUUGGCGGAUUUGAAUGUGGGAGUGCCCGGGAGAGAGAGGUCCAGAGUUAACACGUGGCACAAUGUGCUGGUCACCAUGCAGAAGAGGACCAGAGCGUUGGUGGCGGAGCGCGACGGAAAGGUUCCGCCUUUCGAGCCGUUCCCGUCGCUGGUGGUGACGGCGGACGGGGUAGAACCCAAGGGGAGCUAUGCUGAGGCUCAGGCAAGAUAUUUGUUCCCUGAUGAGUUUAGGGUUAAGGAACUUGUCAACAUGCUAAAGGAGAAGAAAAUUGGUGUUGUUGCACAUUUUUACAUGGAUCCUGAAGUCCAAGGCAUCUUGACUGCUGCUCAGAAACAUUGGCCGCACAUUCAUAUUUCUGAUUCAUUGGUAAUGGCAGAUGCGGCUGUCAAGAUGGCAAAAGCUGGAUGCCAAUUCAUUACAGUUUUGGGUGUAGAUUUUAUGUCAGAAAAUGUGCGUGCAAUCCUUGAUCAGGCUGGCUUUGGAGAUGUUGGUGUAUACAGGAUGUCAAAUGAACGCAUUGGUUGUUCCUUGGCAGAUGCAGCAGCUACCACUUCAUAUAUGAAUUAUCUUGAGGCAGCCUCUAGGUCUCCGCCUGGUUUGCAUGUCAUCUACAUUAAUACUUCACUAGAGACAAAAGCAUAUGCUCAUGAGCUUGUGCCAACAAUUACCUGUACUUCUUCAAAUGUUGUGCAAACCAUUCUGCAGGCUUUCAAUCAAGUGCCAGAUUUAAAUGUUUGGUAUGGGCCUGAUUCCUAUAUGGGUGCAAAUAUUAAAGAGUUGUUCCAGCAGAUGAGCAAGAUGACUGAUGAAGAAAUAGCUGAAAUACAUCCAGGACACUGUAGAGACUCUAUUGCAUCGUUAUUACCUCGCCUGCACCAUUAUGAGGAAGGAACGUGCAUUGUACAUCACCUAUUUGGACAUGAAGUUGUAGAGAAGAUAAAUGAAAUGUACUGUGAUGCAUUCCUUACUGCUCAUUUUGAGGUCCCUGGAGAAAUGUUUUCUUUGGCAAUGGAAGCAAAGAGAAGAGGAAUGGGCAUUGUUGGUUCCACCCAAAGCAUACUAGAUUUUAUAAAACAGAGGGUUCAGGAGGCUUUAGAUAGAAAUGUCAAUGACCACCUCCAAUUUGUAUUAGGAACAGAAACCGGAAUGGUGACUUCAAUUGUUGCAGCAGUUCGCAAUUUGUUAGGUUCUGGAUCGCCCUCUGCAAAAAUCAAGGUUGAAAUAGUGUUUCCAGUUUCAUCAGACUCAAUGACAAGUACAUCAUCAAAAUCGUCGGUUAAAAUGGGUGACAUUAUCCUACCUGUUAUACCUGGAGUGGCUAGUGGAGAGGGAUGUUCUAUCAAUGGAGGCUGUGCAUCCUGUCCAUACAUGAAGAUGAAUUCUCUAAGCUCACUUCUAAAAGUUUGCCACCAACUACCCGACGAGAAAAAUAUUCUGACGGCAUACGAAGCAGAGAGAUUUAAAUUCCAAACCCCUAAUGGAAAUUCAGUUGCAGAUGUUGGGUGUGAACCGAUCUUGCACAUGAGACACUUCCAGGCUACGAAGCAAUUGCCGGAGACGCUUGUCCAUCAGAUCCAUCAUCCAUAUGGCAACGGGAAGUCAAUGCCAUUAAGUUGAGGAAAGCUGGCUUUCACAAGAACAAGAACAAUAGCUAGUGCUUCCUUUUCACAGAUGAGCCGUGAAUGCAAGUUGGUUAUAAAUCUGCCCUUCCAGCGAAGUUUUCUUUGCCAGAAUUUUGUUGUAAAAGAUCUUAAAUUGAUCAAAUUUAUUUGUUCACAACAUAGCUUAGUGUUUAGAUUUUUAUAGGAAGAAUGAAAUUGCAAUUUUAAUCUUUCCUAUUCCAACUGUACAGCUGCCACAGUACGGUAACAUGAUUUAUCUGCUCACUUCAUUCU